UUAGGUUUGGAGACAAUGGUAAAUUAAGGGAACAUCUCGGAAUCACAGUGAUGUGUACACAUGAAUAAGUAUGUUUAUCACGCCUCACUUAACGUGCGUUAAUAUCACUGGGGAAUCCCCGACGUACCUUACACGCUUACUCGGCCCUAACGUCACCUGUUCCAAAUCCGAAUAAAACAACCCGAUCGACAUUGGACAUAUUUAAGUGUUGGUGAUUUCAAACAAAGAAUGAGGAUUUUUAUAACUACUGUGAUUAUCUUUCUACAUAUACUUGAAUCACAAUGCCUUAUACCAAACACAGGAGAACCUGAACCAUCUAACAAUCCAAUCGAUGUGGCUAUCAUAGAAAGCAAUGACAAUAGUUCACCUGACCGUAUGGCCAUGGGUAUGCCAUUCAAUCUAAAUAUGGGCAUAGAAUUGCAGAGUGCAAAACCUGUGAGCUUGUCAUUAAAAUUGGUUAGUAAUAAGAAUGAACUUCGUGAUGUUUAUGUGACUCGAAUGGAUGAAAGAGGGAGAAAGACUCUACGAAAAGAAAAUAUUCCCAUCCAUAAGAAUGUUGCUUUUUAUCAAGACAUUAAAACGGGAGCCGCUUGUAAGGUGACGUGCAAGGGACUAUCGAGAGGACAUUGCGACCCUUUACUGACUGGCAGUUUUAAUGUAGAAGGAGUUGAAUAUGCAAUACAGAUGAUUCCGGGAGAUUCGAGUGACAGGGUCAAACGGAGUUUGGGUUCACGUGGUCACAGAAAAGGUCGUCUGUACAAAGUGUUUAAGACAAAAAGGCACCUGGCGUCAAUGUCAGAUUACAUGGACACAGGUGGUGCGGUUAACAAAAUAAAAAGCAAGAGAAUAGGAUUGGGAACAAGAAUUGGCGCGAUGCGACAAUCUGAGUCUGUGAUCGAUUUAACAAGUAAUAGUUCGUCAGACCCUAUGGCGAUGAGAACAACUGGUCGGAUCAUCAACAGUAAUCGCCCAACGCCCCACAAACGUGCACUCUAUCACCUCGGCAUUCUCUUAGUAAUUGACAAUAAUAUAUACCAAAGGUUUUAUGAUGCAACGCCAACACAAAGCUCACCUUUUGAAAGAGACGAGCAAGCUAAAGCAAAUAUUCGAGAACACAUGGCAAAUAUAAUCAACGGGGUGGACUUGCGAUUUAAUAAUUUCGAGACAUUUGAGGUGAAGGUAGCCAUAACGGGCUAUGUCAUCAUUGAUAAAGAAGAGGAUUCCCGAUGGACGCUUCAGAAGAUUGCUAAGCGUCCACGUGACAUUCUGAACGCCUCUAUUGCUCUAGCAGAACUGUUUGAAUGGAAAAAAGAUUUCCGACAGGACCUUCCUCCACACGACCAUUUGAUGCUCUUCACACAAUAUGAUUUGUACGUCAAAUCAUUUUCGGAUACAAAAGUUGCAGGUUUUGCUCACAUUCGAGCCGUGUGCAAAGAAAAGGGCAUAUCAGUAGUUGAAGACGAAGGUGGAUUUGAUAAUAUUUUGACAGCCACUCACGAGCUAGCACACAGCCUCGGCGCCAGCCAUGACGGCGAUCGGCGAUACGACAAUCAUUGCGACCCGAACGACGGGUUCAUCAUGACGGCUGUAGGAGGCGGAACUGCCGGAGACGCAACCAAGGGACAAAACUCUUACAGGUUUUCAACUUGUUCAGAAGAACAGAUCGUAGAUUACUUUGAAACAAUAGGUCCAGGCCAUUGUCUGGAAAACGAAGAUUUCGUGUAUGAUACCAAUGAGUUUGACAGACAUGUUAGCACCAUGCUCGGCCAAAAGUACAACCCGAACGAGCAAUGUGCCCUUAAUCUUGGGUACCCUUCAUACUACGCCUGGGGCGGAAGACUUGGAGAACCACACGAUAUAUGUACCAGUAUGGCGUGUAAGAACAGACUCAGCAGUGAAAGUUUCAACAUAUUUAACGCGUACAGGGGCACAUCCUGUGGGGAUAAAAGGUGGUGCAUUGAUGGAGUAUGCACAGUAUCCGAAUUUGCUCCCGGAAGAAAUGAUGUGUGCGUACAUGGUGACUCCCGAAGGAAAUUUGGGCGAAAUCGAAAUAUGUCCUGCAAUGAAUUCCUGUCUGCCCAGCCGUUCCGUUGUUAUGACCCUUACUACAGCAUGUUCUGUUGUAGCACGUGUGCUCGUCUCAGGAAAAACACUGUUGGAUGCGAGUACGGAGACAAGAAUACUACCGAGUGUGCUUUAUUGGAAUCACGGAAGGAUCUGUGUUAUAUUGAGGCGAAUGCAGCUCUUUGUUGUAGCACUUGCGCAAGACAUUAUACUAAUGUAUCAGGGUGCGAGUAUGGAGAUCGUUAUAGAUUAUGCAACCCAAGCGAUUGUGAAACGCCAGAGAAUGCUAAAUUUUGCUGUGAAACAUGUGGGGAUUUAGGAACACAACGAGACCGGUCUUUCGCUACACAAGCGCCACUAACACUGCUGUCUCUGACGACACUUCGACCGCCGACGCGUCGGCCUUUCUUCACCUCUCGCCCACCUGUGACCCUUCGGCCUCGAAUUAAUGUACCCCGUGACAUUAACAGUCCCAAGCCUCCACAGUCUCCAUCCGGACAUGCUACUAUCCCCGAAGGACAAAUAGAUUCACGUUUGUGGUGCGUGAAAGAGAACACAACCUUUUUCCAAGCUUCCUGUACAUGGUUGGACACAUGGCUGAGAGGGAUAUGUAAAAAUAAUCUAUUUAGGUCAACUUGCUGUGAACCUUGUGCACCACUGAAACCACCUGUCAGAACCUCACCUCUUGCAAACGUUCCCAGAAACGAGUUCCUUCUCUCCAAGAAUAUUCCGCUAUUGCAACAACAGAAGAAGAAACAAACUGUAUUGAAAGAAACCAAACCAGCAUGCUUUGACAGCGGCAGACAUUGCGCCGACAUUGCCGCUUUGCAAUGCUACGACUUAUCCACCAGAAAAACAUGUUGUGCUACAUGUGAAUCCCUCCGCACCGACAUGGCUGAUUGUCCAUUUGGUGACAGAAAUAGUCGAUGUCAACCUACGUUUAAAAUGGACCCUGAUUACGCAUGUACCCAGAAGCGCUCGCUCUGUUGCUAUAGUUGCCGGGGAGUUACAGCUAGGAUCGGGAAACCUGCUGUUCCUGCUUCUAGCCACAAGAGAAAUGUCCCGACGUCCACGCCACGUCCUACAAAGGUCAGGAACACAAGACACAGAAGCAGUAAACGCGUAAAGAGCAGGAGAAGGAGUCAGACAGGCGGAAGGGGCCAUAGAAUUUAUGGAUCUGAAAGACAUGCAGGAAGAGACGCCGCAGCCAAACGAUUUCUAGAACAGAGAGAAAGGCAGAGGCGAAUGAGGGGAAGAAAUAGGUUUUUCUCGAAUUUCCAAAAUGGAAAUCGUGGAUAAAUUUUGAAAAGAUGCAUUUUAACGUUUUGUCCAUGAAGCUUAUCUCUUAACAGCUCAAAUGUGGAUUCGAUAACUAGUUGUAAAGUGAGAAACUUCCAAAUUGAGUAUACAAUAGAUAUUUCGGAAAUGUUUCCACAAAGAAGUUUUCUUUCAAUUUCUCUUGUGCGUUGUUCGAGACAUCAAAACCAGACUGUAUGUACUUAGAACUAAUAAACAAUGGUGUUGCUGAUUUGUGCCAGCUAAAUAUAAACAAAAUGAAAUCGCACAUAUCGAUACAUUCAGUUUGAUAUAAUUAAAGGCAUGUGAAGACAAGGAAAAUCAGGUUUAUGUUAGAAAGAUAUUCGAAGUCCUGUACAGCAUAAAUUAUCAGGAAGUUCAAGCAAUGUAACGUAAGGGCAUUAUAGUUUAUUAACCUUCAUCAAAUAUGACUACAUCUGCCUUUUAAUAAUGUAAAAUACUCAUAUUCUGAUGGAUAUUUUUAUCAAGCAAUAAAACAAUCCAUAAUUACAAUAUCAGAUUUUUUCAUGUAAAUGAACUAAUAUAAAGGUCGUAAGUACAAUACUUGAAAAUUCAUAAAUAAUCUAAUAAUUCAGAAACUAUGAAUAGAUUAAAAGGAAACAUACAUAAUCUAAUACCUUCUUAGUGGUAUGACUUUGCAAAUCUGGACAAUACCAAAUACACAUAUGUUUGGCCUAUAUUCAGUGUACAGAAUGUAAAGCGACUAAUUUUGUGAUGAUUAAUGGGGUCAAGGGUGAUUUACACAGGUUAUGAAGAGCAAUAGUAUAUUUAUCACUUGGUUUACAUAUGUAAUUUUAUGAAUCGCUUACGAAAAUAUGUCAGAUAUUUGCCUCUGGUCAAUUUUACCGAAUGCUUUAAUAAAUCAUGAUAGUGUCUAUCAUUAUACAUUGGUCAUACUGGUAGCAGUAAUUGUUUCUCAUACCAUCUACUUGCAUGAUAGUACUGUUAUGGUACACUAAGCAGGUAUAUCCCCCGUAUAAUACUGAAGGAAUCAUAAGAAAGAGCGCAUUACAUUAUGAUACGGAAGGAAAGGUUUCUUUCCUUUUUAAAAGUAAAAUUACUGUAUCAAAAAACUUACAUGCACAAGAAACAUAAAGUAAAGACGCACUUGUUUAAAUUUAAGUUUUUCUAUGAACAAAACUAACCAGUUUUAGGCAUCGCACGGCUGAUUUGCCCAAGAAACUAUUACUAAGUUUGGUCAUGAUACGAAAUGAGAAAAUAACAAAACACCAUGUGUGCCAGAAUGUUCAGUUUUUCGGGAAUAGAACGUGACCGAUCUAGACCACCCGGUAAAACAUAUUAUUCAUGUGAGACACUGAAAGAUAAUAGCUAGAAAUUCGGUCAUGAUGAUUACCGUAAACUACAACGUUUAUUGAAGUUUCCCAGAUAAGGAAAAAAGUGAGAAAAGCUAAUGAAAAAAAAGUUAAUUGGUCAUCUGAAUGCAAUCAUCCUUGUCAAUGAUGACACUCAACACAGGAUCUAGAGCGGAGAAUGAAAUGGAAUUUGAAAAAGUCAUAAGCAGGGGAGACCAGUAUGGCAAUCCUCAAAAAAAGAUAAUUUUACGAUUAUGAAAUUAAAACGUGUUAUGUUUAUUACAAUUUGUUAGAACUUGGUUAGAAGUAGAAACUGAAGAUUACUUUGAAUAUAUAUGAAGCUAAAAAAAGAUUUGUACAAUUUAUGCAGUAUCUCUAGUAUCUAGAGAUCAAGUUCUGGGCCAACAAUUAGAUAUACGUCGUCCUCAAACUUGCUGUUUUUUUCAAGGACAAAGCGUCAUAGCGGAUUGUGAAAUAAAAACAAAUUCUGGUAAA